ACCCUCAGCUUUUCAACUGCUCCUUGUACCUUAAAAGUGCACCAAGGGUGACUUUUGGAGCCCGCUGCACAAAGCUGCUGCCCUGUAGGUGGCUGGGAUGGUUCAGCCCUCCAAGGAAGGGUUGUCCCCGAAAGGAUUUUAGGAGACAAGCUGCCUGCCUCCGCCGGAGGCUGCGUAAUUCCCAUCUCUGACAAAAGGUCCCCGGCGCAGCUGCGCACUCCCUGCGUGCUUCCUCCCCUAUGUAAUCCCAGAGGGCCCCUCGCUUCCUGCUCCGUUGCCUUUAACCCUGAAGCUGCCCAGCUGCAGCCCCGUUCCUGUCUCCCCCAUGCCUGGAAGGAGGGUGGGAGGAGAAGAGCAAAGGAAGGAAGUUUCUCUGUAGCCUUAUGGAGGACAAGCUUUGGGCGUGAAGGUGGAAUUUAAGCCCUUGAGGAGCUGCCAGCAGGAAGGUUUGCUGUGAGCAGGGGGAGCAGGUCCUCAGAGGUGCUGGGCCCUACUGAAGCCAUGUGGGCAACCCUGGUGCUGGCUCUCUGCGGCCUGGCUGCCGCCGUGCCCUCGGAGGACAGGAAGCUGAGCGACAAGGCGACGACGCUGGCCGACCGCAGCACCACCCUGGCCUUCAACCUCUACCACGCCAUGGCCAAGGACAAGGCCAUGGAGAACAUCCUGCUGUCCCCCAUAGUGGUGGCCUCUUCCCUGGGGCUGGUGUCCCUGGGGGGCAAGGCCACGACGGCCUCCCAAGCCAAGGCGGUGCUGAGCGCCGAGAAGCUGAAGGACGACGACGUGCACAGCGGCUUGGCCGAGCUGCUGAGCGAGGUCAGCAACGGCACCGCCCGCAACGUCACCUGGAAGAUGGGCAGCCGCCUCUACGGCCCCGCCUCCAUCACCUUCGCCGAGGACUUCGUGAAGAGCAGCAAGAAGCACUACAACUACGAGCACUCCAAGAUCAACUUCCGCGACAAGCGCAGCGCCCUCAAGUCCAUCAACGAGUGGGCGGCGCAGACCACCGACGGCAAGCUGCCCGAGGUCACCAAGGACGUGGAGAAGACGGACGGGGCCCUCAUCGUCAACGCCAUCUUCUUCAAACCUCACUGGGAUGAGAAGUUCCACCACAAGAUGGUGGACAACCGUGGCUUCAUGGUGAGCCGUUCCUACACGGUGGGAGUCCCCAUGAUGCAUCGCACAGGUCUCUACAAUUACUAUGAUGAUGAGACAGAGAAGCUGCAGGUGGUAGAGAUGCCACUGGCUCACAAGCUCUCCAGCAUGAUCUUCAUCAUGCCAAAUCACGUGGAGCCUCUGGAGAGGGUGGAGAAGCUGCUCAACAGGGAGCAGCUAAAGACCUGGGCUAGCAAGAUGAAGAAGAGAUCAGUGGCCAUCUCACUGCCUAAAGUUGUCCUGGAAGUCAGCCACGACCUUCAGAAACACCUGGCUGACCUGGGCCUGACAGAAGCCAUUGACAAGACCAAAGCUGACCUGUCCAAGAUCUCUGGCAAGAAAGACCUUUACCUGUCCAACGUCUUCCACGCCGCCGCCCUGGAGUGGGACACUGACGGGAACCCUUACGACGCCGACAUCUACGGCCGAGAGGAGAUGAGGAACCCCAAGCUCUUCUAUGCUGACCACCCCUUUGUCUUCAUGAUCAAGGACACUAAAACCAACUCCAUUCUCUUCAUUGGCAGGCUUGUGAGGCCCAAAGGAGACAAGAUGCGUGACGAGUUGUAGUUGGGUUUGGGGGUGGGGAGGGGAAGGUGGGGAGAAGGUUUUUGUUUUGGCAGAGCUUUGGGUUCGUUGUUGGUUGGUUGUCUGUUUUUCAGUGGGGGGAUCUCAAAGAAAGGGGAAACACUUCUUUUGUAUCCUUCUGGAACUAUGGGUGCUAUUCAGACCAGGGUGCAUUUGUGAGGAGGAACCAACAGAACACUUUACCUCACCCCAAAAAGACAAAAACAAAACACUUGAUUGCACAAACCCACCCUCCAGAGAGAGAGAGAGAAAGGAGGGGAGCUUUGGCCCAAGAGGGUCACCAGGAGUGGAAGGGAAGCAGUCUGCACUGUCUCAGCUGAGAUGUUCAGGAUGAUGCCUGGGCUCCUCCUCCCUGCACUUGUGAAGCCUCCUAAGAACUCUGCUGCUACCAUCAGCCCUGCAAAGGCUCAAGCCCUCCCCUGCCUCUAUCCCAGAUGCUUCUUGCAUGCUUAGCUCUGCCACUUGGCUCCUCUCCCAGUUGUAUGCUAAGCAGAACCACACCACAGCUUCUCUGGUAGCUUCUCAGUUGUUCCUUGCUUCUUUCUUCUGCCUUCACAAGUCUGUAACAAAUCACAAAGGGCCAGUUCUGUGGUCCAGCCACCUCCAUGGCCCUGGGAGCAAAGCAGGACCAUGACUGUGUGUAAGAAUGGAGAUUGUAGGGAGCUGUGUCCUACAGAACCCUGCUCUGGAUGACUGUUGGAUGCUUCAGCCAUCAUAAAUGACCUCCAAAGUUGCUCCAGAGUCAAGUGCACCUUUGCUCAACGCUUCAGAGAAGUAAGUGACUUAGGGGUGUCAGGAAAGAGGCCAAAGAGCAGAGGGGCAAACCUGAGAGAGGUCCUUUCACCACUCCUGUGGUGCUAAGGGACAUGGUUUAGCACCAGACUUGGUAGACUUAGGUAAUGGUUGGACUCAAUGACCUUAAAGGUCCUUUCCAACCAAAAUGAUUCUGUGACAGAAAUCACCAUGCUCUACCUCUCUGGGGAACAGAGGGAGCUCUUGGGCCAGCAUUUGGAAUUAAACAUCCCAUAGCAGCCAAACACAGCAGCUCCCCUUCUCUUGCUGCUUCUCCAGCAGCACAGAGGGAUGGGAAAGAGUUACCACUGCUGAAGGUUCUCCCAGCUACCAACCAGAGCUGGUACCUUAGUUCCCAGAGGGAGACCAAGAGACUCCUGUUGGCUUCUCAAAGGGAGGUGAAUCAAGUUCAAUUUUCUUGCUGGACUCUGGUGCUUUAGAGCUGCUGUUAGCUGACUUUC